AUGGCUGCGACGAUAUGCAACCUCGCCCCCAUGUCAUACGAUGGCAAUCUUGUCAAUUCUUUACGACUGUUUAAGCAGUUCAUUAACUACUACAACCUCGACGAAUCUAUGCUAGGACUGCACGUAGCAAUCGUAAGCGCGGGCUCGUUCUUCGUAGGCCCAUUUGCGGGCGAGAUUAUCGACAGAGUGGGUCGAAGGAAUGGGAUGUUCCUAGGAUCUUUCUUUUCGAUUAUCUCCGUCGUCGUCCAGGUAGCGACGCACAGCGUCGCUGCUCUGCUUGUAGGUCGGUUCCUACUGGGCGUAGCUAUCGUCAUCAGUGUCACCGCGUCUACAUCCAUGGCUACCGAGCUCGCCCAUCCAAAACAUAGAGGGCUUCUUGUUGGCUCGCUUAUGUCGCUCGUAUUUCUUUUCAAUAUCCCAGUCAAUAUCAUUGGAAUCUUCAUAUACACCUCUCCAAGCAACUGGGCUUGGAGAGGACUGGUUAUGGGAGAGGGUCUAUUACCAGUGCUGUCUAUACCAUUCAUCUUUCUCUUAGAGGAAAGUCCGAGAUAUCUCAUACAUAGAGGCAAGAAUGAAAAGGCAUUGGACAUCCUAGCAAAGCUGCAUGGGCGUGGCAAUCGCGAGAGUCCCCUGGUUCGCGAAGAAUUUGAAGAAAUUCGCUCAACCUUAGAGUAUGAAAAGCUCAAUGAGGCUGGGUGGUUGUCUUUGAUAAAGCCAAUCGCCAACUUCAAGAGAUUCUGUGUUGCGUGUCUUUGUGCUAUCUUUUCUCAAAUCACUGGAGCCUACACAAUCCCAUACUUUCAAACACUAAUUAUUGGCACCGCUGGCAUUACCUCGACUAAGCAGGUUUUCCUGCUCUCCCUGGGUAUAUCGAUCUGGGUCUGGAUCUCCAUGAUGAUUGGUAGUGCACUAACGGAUAGGAUUGGUCGAAAGCCUGUACUCAUCGGUGGAACGUGUGUGAUGACCCUUUGCCUAGCCGUAAUGGCUGGUCUUGGCUACGGUUAUGAAGACACUGGGAGAAUCAGCUAUGGGAUUGGCUCUGUACUCAUGCUGUUCAUUUUCAUGGGUGCGAUGGCCACGUCUUGGUUGCUCCUUGCGUACGUGUACCCACCUGAAAUCCUCAAAUUCUCGCAGCGCGCAAAAGGUGUUUCCAUCAGCCAAGCUUUAGGAUACGCAUUUUCCUGCAUGAACCAAUAUACCCUGCCAAUCGCCAUCAAGCACAUCAAUUGGCGAUACUACGCAAUCGUGGCGUCAUUCAAUGUUGUCAUUAUUGUAACAAUGUGGGUUUAUUUUCCAGAAUCCAAGGGAAUGUCCCUGGAAGAGCUCGAUCAGGUAUUUGAAGGUGUCGUUCACCACGAAGGAAUUGGCAUUGAUGGUAUUCAAGAAGCGGAAGCAGAUGCCGAUAGGAAGGAUGCCAGUCUCCAAGAUGUCAAAAGUGUUGGACGGACAGACCAGAAGUCUUCGCCAUCCUUUUACUAA